AUGUCUUUGUCGAUCGAAGAGCUCGACGCCACCGUGCGUACCUUCUACGAAGGACGUGGUGAAACGCAAAAACAAGCCCAAGCAACACUCAACCAGUUCAAGGAGAAUCCAGAUGCAUGGCUUCUGGUGGAUAAGAUUCUUCAGGAGGCGCAGUAUCCACAGACAAAAUAUCUGGGAUUACAGGUACUGGAUGGUGUUAUAAUGACCAGAUGGAAGGUGCUCCCGCGCGAUCAGUGUCAGGGCAUUCGCAACUUUGUUGUAAACUUCAUCAUUCAGCUAUCCAAUAACGAAGACGCACGACGGGCCGACCGCACGCUCUUGAACAAGUUGAAUCUCGUCCUCGUCUCGGUGUUAAAGCAGGAAUGGCCCCAUAAUUGGCCCACCUUCAUCAACGAGAUCAUCUCCUCCUGUCACAGCAGCCUUGCGAUUUGCGAGAAUAACAUGGCAAUUCUGCGGUUAUUGUCUGAGGAAGUCUUUGACUAUUCGGAGGAUCAAAUGACGUCUUCGAAACGACGCGAGUUGAAGCAGAGCAUGUGCGACGAGUUCACCUCAAUUUACCAGCUUUGCUCGGAAGUCCUCCGGACUGCCACUGAAGCCAGCCUCAUCAAGGCCACGUUAGAGACACUACUUCGUUUCCUGAACUGGAUCCCCCUCGGGUACAUUUUCGAGACUCCUCCAAGCGGUGCCAGUCUGAUCGAAACUUUAAGGAGCCGAUUCCUUGAGGUCCCUGAUUUCCGUAACAUCACCUUGAAAUGUUUGACUGAGAUUGCUGGCCUUCACACCGAGCCAGCGUACGACGAUAAGCUCGUUCAGAUGUUCACUGAGACUUUGACCGCCAUCUCCAAGAUCAUUCCUCUUUCCCUAGAUCUCAAGACUACGUACGCCUCUAGCAACAGCCAAGACCAGGAGUUUGUGCAAAACCUUGCACUCUUUCUCUGCAACUUCUUCACUGUGCAUCUCAAUGUCAUCGAGAACCUUAUGAACCGGGACUUCCUUACGCAUGGCCAUUUUUACUUGAUCCGCAUCAGCCAGAUCGACGACCGCGAAAUUUUCAAGAUUUGUCUCGAAUAUUGGACAAAGUUGGUUUCCGAGCUCUAUGAUGAGAUGCAGUCCCUUCCAAUCACGGACAUGAACCCGCUUUUGAACAUGGGUCUGGUCUCCACGAAUGGCGGUGCAAGGGAUCCUGCUGUCCUGGCCAACUACCCCCUUCGCAAGCACAAAUACGCCGAAAUCCUAUCCAAUCUUCGAACCGUGAUGAUCGAGAAGAUGGUUCGACCCGAAGAAGUCUUGAUUGUGGAGAACGACGAGGGUGAAAUCGUCCGAGAAUUUGUGAAAGAGAGCGACACCAUUCAGCUCUACAAGUCGACCCGCGAGUGCCUGGUUUUCCUGACUCACUUGGAUGUUAACGACACUGAGCAGAUCAUGUCUGAGAAGUUGGCACGACAGGUUGAUGGCAGCGAAUGGUCAUGGGCCAACUGCAAUACCCUCUGCUGGGCGAUUGGUUCCAUCUCUGGUGCCAUGAAUGAGGAGACCGAAAAGCGCUUCCUGGUCACCGUCAUUAAGGAUCUCCUUGGCCUCACCGAGAUGAAGCGCGGUAAAGACAACAAGGCUGUGGUUGCCAGUAACAUCAUGUACAUUGUUGGUCAAUACCCCCGAUUCCUCAAAGCGCAUUGGAAGUUCCUCAAGACUGUGGUUAAUAAGCUUUUCGAAUUCAUGCAUGAGACGCAUGAGGGUGUCCAGGAUAUGGCUUGCGAUACAUUCAUCAAAAUUGCCAACAAGUGCAGACGGCAUUUCGUCGCUCUCCAGCCUGGCGAGACCGAGCCUUUCAUUGAUGAGAUCGUUCGCACGCUCCGGAAGAUUACAGGAGAUCUAUCUCCGCAGCAGGUUCACACUUUCUACGAGGCCUGUGGUUACAUGAUCAGCGCGCAGGGCCAAAAGAGUAUGCAGGAGCGGUUGAUCGCCGAUUUGAUGGCUCUUCCCAACCAAGCUUGGGACAACAUCAUCGCACAAGCCAACCAGAACCCCAUCUGUCUUCAGGAUGCGGAAGUCAUCAAAAUUGUCGGAAACAUCAUGAAAACCAACGUCGCCGCCUGCAGUUCGAUUGGAUCCUAUUUCUAUCCACAAAUCGGCCGCAUCUACUUCGACAUGCUUACCAUGUACCGCGCCAGCAGCUCUCUCAUCGAUGAGGCCGUGCAGCGAGAAGGUAACAUUGCGACCAAGAUGCCUAAAGUCCGUGGAUUACGAACAAUCAAAAAGGAGAUCCUGAAGCUCAUCAAUACCUACGUCGAGAAGGCUGAUGAUAACGAGAUGAUCCACAACAAUCUCGUUCCCAAGCUCCUGGAGGCUGUUCUCAUCGACUACAAAAACAAUGUUCCUGACGCACGCGAGGCUGAGGUCCUGAAUGUUAUGACCACGAUCAUCAACAAAUUACAUAGCUUGAUGGAAGACCAGAUCAUCAACAUCAUGGACAGUGUGUUCGAGUGCACACUGGACAUGAUCAACAAGGACUUCUCUGAAUACCCUGAACAUCGUGUCGAAUUCUUCAAGCUUUUGAGAACGAUUAACCUCCGCUGCUUCCCUGCUCUUCUGCGAUUAGAUGCACGAUCCUUCAAGUUUGUUAUCGACUCAUGCAUGUGGGCCAGUAAGCACGAUAACCGUGAGGUCGAAAGUGCUGGUCUUUCCAUGUGUUUCGAGUUGAUCUCCAACAUGGCCGACCAUCCGGACCCCCAGGUCAGCAAUACCUUCUUCCAGACCUUCUUCACAUCGAUAUUGCAAGACGUCUUCUUUGUGAUUACGGACAGCGACCACAAGGCCGGUUUCAAGUCACAGUCGAUUCUUCUGGCGAAGAUGUUCUGGCUUGUUGAGACCGACAAGCUGCAGGGGCCAAUCUACACCUCCCCAGAUAUGGCACCUGCCGGCACUUCGAACAAGGAAUUCCUACGCAACUUUGUCGGCAAUUUAUUGGCUACGGCAUUCCCGAACCUUCAAACGGCACAAAUUAGCACCUUCAUCGAUGGAUUGUUCGCAACCAAUUCAGAUCUCAACCGUUUCAAGAUAAUCCUGCGUGAUUUCUUGAUCUCGCUCAAAGAAUUCUCUGGCGACAACGCGGAGCUCUUCGCCGAAGAGCGGGAGCAGGCCGCCAACAAGGCCAAGCAGGAGGAGCGUGAACGAGCGAUGAAGGUUGGAGGUCUGUUGAAGCCAUCGGAGAUGGACGAUGAUGAGUUGUGA